AUGACCUUCGUCCGGGCACUCUUGUUGACGGCGACGGCACUCACGGCCCUGUCGGCCUCGGAGAAGUCCCUCUACCACUGGUCCGAGGACGUGCCCGGGUUCAGCCGAACGCGGGUGUUGAGCGACGGCGAGCGUGAACGCCGAGUUCACUACGGCCGGUUGACCGCAGUCGAGACCUCUGUUGACUUGGACCAGGACAACGCGCUGGUUUUGAGGCAGGUUUCGGACGGCAGCAGUUUUUUGCAGCUCAUCCUCAACCGCCAUCAGGAACUCGUCGACUGCGAGUACCUCAAGGAUCCUCGGGCCGUGUCACGGUUCUUUCGCAACCUCGCCGAAGACUUUGCCUGCGCUGAACAUCGAAGCAGCCUGCAUCGCGGCAACGGCAGCGUUCUCUGCGAGCUGAGUAGCCUGAGCACGCCUCCGUCGACCAAUGACACCUUCCGCUUGAUUCGGAGCGCUAGGGACGUCGGUGCUGACUGGAAGGAGCUGCUGGACCUGAGGCUUCUGCGGCGGAAAUGCAGAAAGUUGCACCGCCAGAUCAGACUCGCUCUCCGAGAGCAGCAGGGCACAGCUGGAAAGUCCCACCCGGAUGAAACUUCCGUGGACACGGAAGACUACGCGGAAUCUCCCGAUGUUGGUUCGAACCAGGUUGAGGUGCCAACAGCGCCGAAGACUUCGUUCCAGCUGCUGAGGAAAAAGCGCGACCUGUUCCUCUACCCUGGAACCAAUUGGUGUGGCUCGGGCAAUUCGGCGCGCAAGUUUACGGAGCUCGGGGUUAACGCCCGGGCUGACCGCUGCUGCCGGGACCACGACCACUGCCCGUUCACCAUCGAGGCUUUUAAAAAGAAGUUCCACCUGUUCAACUACCGGUUCCACACAGUCAGCCACUGCGAGUGUGACGAAAGGUUUCGGUCCUGCCUGAAGAUGGGCAACAACGCGGCCUCGCACAUGGUGGGCAAGCUGUACUUCAACAUCGUGCAGACCAAGUGCUUCACCUUCAAAAAGCAGGACGUGUGCCACCGACGCUCCUGGUGGGGCAAGUGUGUCCAGAGGGGCCGUGAAAAGGUCGCCCUGCUCCGGGAUGGAAUGUCCUUCUGA